AGCAAGCUAAGUGGAGAAAGAAAGCUAACUAAUGGUGAGAGUGGAAGUGUUGGCUAAAGGCUCAUGGAUCAAAAGCAACUGUCAACACAGCAGCGGGAACAGACAUUAAACCCUCUCCAUGACUCCAUGAACAUGUUUGCAGGGUGUUAAUGAAGAGACGGUGGCUUGUCAGAUGCCCGAGGAGCAUUUUUUUUGGAUACUACAUCCCAAACGGAAACCAUUUCUGGACAGAGUAGUUGGAGCUAGCUAGCUAGCGUCUUAAGUCAACCCCAUCAAUCAGGAGACUUUUACGUUGUCACCUGCAAAAAAAACCCAAACAACCCGAAUGUUUUGUCUGUCAUGAGUCCGGCCGGGUGCUCCCAUGUGAACGGUUAUAAGGUGGAUAAUUGGAAACAAAACCUCCGCGUCAUAUACCAAUGCUUUGUUUGGAGUGGUACUGCUGAGACCAGGAGACGCAAGGUUCUUCAGAGUGAUGCAGGAUGGACAGAGCUGGCCAAGUCCUGUAUCUGUCACAUGUGUGGUGCCCAUCUGAACAGACUCCACUCUUGUCUCUACUGCGUCUUUUUCGGCUGUUUUACCAAGAAACACAUCCACGAGCACGCCAAAAACAAGAGACACAAUCUAGCUAUAGACUUAUUAUACGGCGGAAUAUAUUGUUUUGUGUGUCAAGACUACAUAUACGACAAAGAUAUGGAGCAGAUUGCCAAAGAGGAACAGAGGAAAGCUUGGAAAUUGCAAGGCACCGGUGAGAAAUACACGACGUGGGAGCCCACCAAGCGCGAGCUAGAAUUAUUACGACACAAUCCAAAGCGGAGGAAAAUCACUACAAACUGUACCAUAGGUUUACGAGGGUUAAUAAAUCUGGGCAACACGUGUUUCAUGAACUGCAUCGUCCAGGCCCUCACGCACACGCCGCUGCUGCGAGACUUCUUCCUCUCCGACAGACACAAGUGCGAGAUGCAAUCCAACUCCUGUCUGGUGUGCGAGAUGUCUCAGCUCUUUCAGGAGUUCUACUCGGGCCACCGAUCGCCUCACAUUCCCUUCCGACUGCUGCACUUGGUGUGGACUCACGCACGCCACCUGGCAGGCUACGAGCAGCAGGACGCCCACGAGUUCCUCAUCGCGGCGCUGGACGUCCUCCACAGGCACUGCAAAGGGGACGCCAUGAGAGACAAUGACAACGGCAAGAAGGCCACUAAUCCAAACCACUGUAACUGCAUCAUUGACCAAAUCUUCACCGGGGGGCUCCAGUCGGACGUUACCUGUCAGGUUUGCCAUGGGGUUUCCACAACGAUAGACCCCUUCUGGGACAUAAGUUUGGACCUGCCCGGCUCAUCCACGCCCUUCUGGCCCCUCAGCCCCGGAGGGGAUGGCGGCACGGUGAAUGGGGAGAGUCACCAGUCGGGGUCCACGACGCUCACAGACUGCCUGCGCAGGUUUACGCGGCCCGAGCACCUCGGAAGCAGUGCCAAGAUCAAGUGUGGCGGUUGCCAUAGUUACCAGGAGUCCACCAAACAGCUGACGAUGAAGAAGCUGCCAAUUGUAGCGUGUUUCCAUCUCAAACGGUUCGAGCACUCUGCCAAACUGCGGCGGAAGAUCACUACGUACGUUUCCUUUCCUCUAGAAUUGGACAUGACGCCCUUCAUGGCAUCCAGCAAAGAGAGCAGAAUGAACGGCCAGUAUCAGCAGACGGUGGACGUGUUAAACAACGACAAUAAGUAUUCCUUGUUUGCGGUGGUCAACCACCAGGGCACGCUAGAGAGCGGCCACUACACCAGCUUCAUCCGCCAGCACAAGGACCAGUGGUUCAAAUGUGACGACGCCAUUAUCACCAAGGCCAGCAUCAAAGACGUGCUUGAUAGUGAAGGGUAUCUCUUAUUCUACCAUAAACAGUUCCUGGAGUACGAGUAGCUCCACCCCCCCACCUUGGUGACCACUGACCAUGAAGAACCACUGAGGGAGGGAAGGGGGGGGGACACACACACACAAACCUACCUGAACUACGUGACUGACUCAGACAGGCUGCUCCUCCUGCUGCUUUUGGGUCGGGGGGGGGGGCACAGGGUCAUAACAAUGAGAAGUAAAGAGACGGUGUGACGCCAUGCAAGCUUUUCAGCAACAACAAGAAGGAAAAAAAAGCACUGAGCUCCUUGUCGGCUUCUACUCGACUAAAUUCAAUGAAGAGGACAGAAGAGGCCCCGCCUCCUUUUCCGCUGCUCUCAGCUGCAGGGGGCGGAGUCUACGGGCACAUCUGGGUUCUCAAGAAGUACAGUAUUCUGACACCCCCCACCCCCAGCCUCCACGGUGCUCUCGUGUCAGCUGAGCAAGCAUUUAGCUUUGAAGGAAGGGGGUCAUUAUGCAUUAAAGAAUGAAAUCAGUGUAUUGAGAAGUAUGGAGAAUCACGUGGAUGGAUUGACGCUGCCUGGGCCUGUUGCUAAGGAUGCGUUACCAUGGAAACCAAACCCAUCAUUUACUGUCUGAUUGUUUUCAUGUUGAGGGCAGGGAUUAUCUACCUUUUUAGCACUCAUGGACUUUUUUUUAAUUAUUAUUUUUAUUUGAUGUUUUGUUUACUACUUUUUAGUUCUUUUUUUGUUUGAAUUUUCAGUGCAGUCAUGUCUCUCACUGUCCUGUUACUGGAAAUAGUUCUUUGGACGUAUUAUACUUUCAUUCUUGUGGAAUUGUUGGUAUAUAAUGAUGGUGCUGAUUAAAAAGGAUGCUGUCAGUGGA